AUGCCUGCUUCAAGUAUCGCAUGGUGCUCCCCUUCGUGGGCCAUCUGGGUUGUCGACCUUAAGACCGAUUUUACACAGCUCAGCUACGGACAAGCCCUCCUCGUCAUGAUGUGCGGUGUGGGCGUUAUGUUUCUGCAACCCGUAGCCCUCAAAUACGGCCGAAGACUGUCAUACUUUAUCGGAUCUCUUUUUAUUAUCGCCGGUCUCGCAUGCGGACUGUCAAUGACGAGCAUUGGACUCUACUUCGUCUAUAUGACACUUGGCGGCUUUGGCUCAGCCCCCUCUUACUCUACCGUUGUUACUUCGCUGCUGGACAUUUCAUUCCUCCACCAGAAGGGCAAGGCUUUGAGUAUCUAUGGCUUCAUCCUCCUGUUGGGAAACUUCCUGCCGCCUCUAGCAGCUGGCUACAUCGUUGAUAGUCAGGGUUGGGUUUGGGUUUUUCGAUAUCUGCUCGUUUUCUUCGGUGUCUCGACACUCCUUGUAUCAUUUACAGCUGAGGAGACAUCCUUUCCUCGAUUAGCGAACCACGUCCAGGAGGCAGUCGCUGUGCCAAGCGAAACCGUGGCAUCGAAUCCAGGCCCAAAGGAUAAGACACGCCACAGUCAAGUCCAGACAGCUGCCGGCCCCGGACCAACGCAGCCUGCUAAUGUUGCUGAACGCUUCACCUAUCUUCAGAAGAUGACAAUUUAUCGCAAUAACCCUGAGGUCAAGGCAGGCUACUGGAGACUCGUGCUAUCCAUGGCCAAGGUCACGGCCCUUCCUGCCGUCCUAUGGGCAAGUUUCCAGCUCGCCAUCUCGACUCUUGUCGUCAGUGCCGUUAUGACCACCCAGGCGAGCUUCUUCUCUAUUCCGCCUUACAACUUCACCCCUGCCCAGAUGGGCCUCAUGUAUAUCCCUCUCAUGAUCGGAAGCUUUAUGGGAGUGUUUAUUGGCGGUACACUGACCGACUGGCUGUUGAUUCGUAUGGCCCGCAAGAGUGACGGAAUUCAUGAACCCGAGAACAGACUGUGGGUGUACCUCCUGGUGCCACUUCUGGCAGCAGCUGGCUGCCUUCUGUACGGCGUCGGCGCCAGCGCAGGUGUCCACUGGAUCCUGCCAUGUAUCGGACUUUUCCUCAUCGGCGUCUACACUAACGUUUGCUUGCCCAUCGCUCUCGGCUACGCUCUCGACUCCUAUCCUGAGCUCGAGGACGAGAUUGUGCAGCUGUCCAACUUUGUGCGCAACGUCGGUGGCGGCGCGCUCACCUUUUGUAUCCAGCCAUGGAUCAACGCCAGUGGGCCACGAGAUACUAUUAUAUACCUGGUUGUUAUCAUCUUCGUGGUGCAUGCAACCUCGAUCUUUUUUCAGUUCUGGGGAAAGGCUCUGCGUAGGAGGAGCGCGUCUAUAUAUUACAGGAUUUGCCAACAAUGUAUUAUGCUGUAG